AUUUCUACAAAUCUAUCUUUUGAUGUGUCUGUAUUUUCCUUCUCAGAUCUAUCUCUGCCAUCAACCCCAGGGUCCUGAGGUAACACUUCCAUAGCAAUAAAGAAGAGGGUGGGGGGAAGGUGAUGGCUCUGAGCAAGUGACCAACAGCUGAACACUGAUGACCCUUGAGGUCUUGGGCAUUGUUCAGAGGAUGGACAUACCUUUUACUGAAGGCCUUGGUCCAGCCUACUGUCUUUCAUGAUUAUCAUCACACAUUUCUUUCCUUUGCCCAGCUCUUUUAGACCUAGACCUCCCUCAGUGCUAAAGCCAAACUCCACUGCUGUGACUGAGUUCCUUUUUGAAGGUUUCCCCAGCUUUGGGUGGUAGCACAGGCUUAGUUUCUUUGUUGUCUUUCUAACUUUGUACCUGCUGACUCUCUUUGGCAAUGUCAUUAUUGUGAUUGUUAUUCACCUGGAUCAUCACCUCUAUACUCCCAUGUACUUUUUCCUGAGCAUGCUGUCCAUCUCUGAGACCUGCUACACUGUGGCCAUCAUUCCCUGUAUGCUUUCUAGCCUCCUGAGUCCUCAUUAUCCCAUUUCUAUCCAAGGCUGUGCCACUCAGCCCUUCUUCUGUCUCACCUUUAGUAUCAAUAACUGCUUCCUGCUCACAGCCAGGGGGUAUGAUUGCUAUGUGGCCAUCUGCAACCCACUACAGUAUUCAGUCAUCAUGGGUAAAGAGUCCUGUAUCCUGGCAUCUGGGUCCCUGGGAAUUGGCCUGGGUAUGGCCAUUGUACAGGUAACAUCUGUUUUUGGCCUGCCCUUCUGUGAUGCCUUUGUCAUCUCUCACUUCUUCUGUGACAUGAGACCCCUGUUGAAGCUGGCCUGCACAGACACCACUGUCAACGAGAUCAUCAACUUUGUUGUCAGUGUUUUUGUCCUUGUUCUACCCAUGGGCCUGGUCUUCAUCUCCUAUGUCCUCAUCAUCUCCACCAUCCUCAAGAUUGCUUCAGCUGAGGGUCAGAAGGAGGCCUUUGACACCUGUGCCUCCCACCUCACAGUGGUCAUCAUCCACUAUGGCUGUGCCUCCGUCAUUUACCUGAAGCCUAAGUCCCAGAGUUUCCUGGGUCAGGACAGACUCAUCUCAAUGACCUACACUGUCAUCACUCCUCUGCUGAACCCCAUCGUGUACAGCCUGAGGAACAAGGAGGUCAAAGAUGCUCUGUGCAGAGUCAGGAGCAAAAGCCCCUCUCCUCUUAGUGAGGAGGUCGUUGAAGGCCUUUUCUUUCAUUUUGUAAAUAUGUAUUAAUUUUAAUGCUGCAUCAAUAAUACCUUUAAGUACGGGAUCAAGAAGAAUAGACUAAAUUGAAUUGGGUGCUAAAAUUGGAGACUUCCAUUUGAGCUAGUCAUGGUUCUCUGUGACCUCCUUUAGAGAAGAUAGAAAAUGACUUGGCAUACACUUAAGAAUAUAGGGGAAAGAUUUACCUGCCUGGAUCACUCAUACCUAUGUUAUACACCCAUGCACACAUCUACAUAUGCCCUGAGAAUAUAUUGGGUUAUACAACUCCAGUAAAGCACAAAAUCCAGCAAGUUUCUAGAAAGCUAAUGAACAAAGUGUUUGUAAACCACCUCAGAAAAACCUCUGUUGUUGUUGUUAAGGGUGUAUGAGUAAUUUAUGCAAAAUUUUAACAGAUAAGUGUGGAGACACAUGCAUGUCCUUUUCUGUGGACGUUGAAGGCUUUCUUGUAAUCUGUUUUUGCUGCUUACUAAUAUCUCAUCACAGCCUGAGGACUCUUCAGAAGGCCAAAAAAAAAAAAAAAAACAAAACAAAACACUCUCCAAGUGGAUAGAACUGCCCUAACUGACCAUUCCUGGAAAUGAGGAGUACAAAUGUGGGAAGGCAAAAAAUCACCAGUUACUAGAACACAGAGGUGGGUUGUCCAAAGUCCCAAGAUGCUUAGGUGAGAAAACUCCAAUUUGGAAAGGAGAGCAUGCUGAACAAUUCAAUGCUUUUCACAUCUCCAGUGCGGGAGUGAAAGAGGAUGGAGGCUGGAAGAAGCCAAGCAAAAUCAUAGUUCCUUUUGCAGGGUAGACUUAAAUCUUUGAAAUAGUGUUAUAAAUGUAAGCACUUUAACUACAACUUCUGAAAUUAUUUAUUAAUGAGCAGAAGUCUGAAGCUUGACUUAAUGAAAAAAAUUUCCAGUAAGUUCCUAAGCUGUCAGAGGUUAAUCUUCAGAAAUUUCUUCUUAGAUACUCCCAACUUAAAACCUGAGAUAAAAAACAGCAUUUCAUGUUUGAGCAUCACAGAAGGUGAAGGUGUAUACCCUGGUCCUCUCUCCCUCAUCCUUCCACUUCACUCUGGCCUUCUAUACUGAAGAACAGGUAUAACCUGAGUUUCAAACCCAGUUCUUGCCGUCUCUAGAAUCCAGCUGAUCCCAUGGGGUGACGCUGCAGAGGCAAGAUAUCACUUGUAAGAGUGUCAUGAAGUUAGUUGGGUGCUGAAGAUAGGACAAGGCAGUGGAAAUUAACAAAUCUUCUAAGUCAAGCUAACAUGUCUUGCUUUGCCAAGAAACACUGGCAUGUGCUGUCUGACCAGAGAUAAAAGAUAUCUUUGCCUUUGUGACCAGAUUUCUAGAAAUGAUAGAGUCAGUUUAUUUCUGUUAGGAUAGCCAAGAAUUGCCAAAAACAGUUAAGAAAAACUUUUUUUGCAUUGUGUUCUGCUUAGUCUAGAUAAAGCUGUUAGGUAAAGGUCUGAUGACCAGUGUCAGUUUCUGAUAAGGCACCCGAUAGGGACUUGGGCUUGGUAACUAACUGUCCAGGGCUGGUAGACAACUUAAGGCAGGGAGACAAUAAUACUCUCUGAGUUUCUCUGGGCACCCAGGCUGGCGAGUACCUCUGCCAUUCUCAGCAUAAAGCUCCCAUCUCUGACUUCAAGGAGAUUCUCUUGUUGUCCCAUUUCCCUUUUAAUGAGAAGAGAGAAAUAGCAGAGCUUUUCUUCAAGUACUCAAUUUCCCAAAAUACAAGGUGUAUCUUUUGUCCGAGUUUCCACUCUUGAGGUAACCAAGGAAAUUUGUCUUCCAUUGGCCACUAGUAGGGAGCUACCAACUUGAUUUUCAAAAACCAAUCCUAAUUAUUGGGAGUUUGUGACAUUUUGUAGCAGACAAUUUGGAACAGCCAUCAUGGGAAAGAUAUUUGCUCUAUGGACUGGCCUAGACCAAUCUGGUAAGAUAUUGGAGGUAACAGAGGAAGCCCCAAGGGUGGAGCUGGGGUGAAUUAUUUCUAUUCUAAUCAUUUGUAUAACCUCCAUACUUCUUCCCUGGCACAGAUAGACUUUAUGUAUACUGAAAUAAAAAAGCACCUUUAUAAAUGCCA